CCAGGAAAGCAAGCUGAUACUGAUCUUUCUUAGCGGGAGGAAUUAAUUCUGGUUUGUGCACGUUUUUGUUUUUGUUUUUAUAUAUAUAUUUAUAUAUCCUCAUGACUCUUAAUGACACAUCUGUGAAUCAGCAUCAUUUUAUUUCCAGCCAAACUUUACUCUACUUCAGCCCCCAAACAUCAUCUCUCCUCAGCUGUCACCCCCCUAUCCAAACAUACACACAGGUUCAGUCUCCUCGCACGCAUCUGCACUCUGACUCGGUCAAAUUUUGGCUUUUUGAUGUCACCCCCCCACCAGCUGUUCUGUCCAACAAUCCCCAGGGAUCAGUUUGGCACUAAGUAACCCCAUAUCCCGUAAUACAACAUUCUUCUCCAGGUCUCGUUCUUAGGAAAAACUGGCUAUGAAGCGGGUAGGCCUUACAUUCCUCUUGUGGCUUUGCACUGCUCUGUCUUUCGCUUUCCUUCUCCCUCUCUCGUUCCCCUCUUCCUUCGCUCUGUUAUGCCUUUCCAAGACAUUCCAGAUGUGGGCUAGCCUGGCUCUGUUGCAGUUAAACUCUACCUCUGGCUACAUAUGAUAACAAAGUCUGGGUUUGUACAGAAACACUGCUGGCCGGAUCCUUCACCGCUUCCCCGCUCCUUUUCCAUCUGACAGACUUUAUGACAUCCACUGCUGCUCUGGGAUCUCUACCCUCCAGGAUAUUGAGGGCUUGAUUGUUUUUUUGGAUAAGAGUUUGAGGAAGCAGACAGUCCAGUGGUAAGACAGACAGGGCUGGAUGGACUGUAGUUCCACAAGCGGAAAGAUUUCAAGUAGCUGUUGGAGAUUUUUAUUUUCUGGUCAGCUAAAGCCAAGCGAAUGCAUGGUGUCAAAGCAUUUUGGCUUCAAGCAAUGGGAGGAAAAUGGCUCAACUGUGGAUUACAAUAUUAGGUGUUAAAACUGUUGCAUUUACUUGUUGGACUAUUGCUGGCACUUGCAACAUUUCCAGAAGGGAGUAAAAAUACCAUCAUAGCAACUUUUCUUCGUCCUUCAUUGUGUCCACAUGUUGCUUAUUUUGUUUGUCUGGCCUUGCACCGAUUUCAGGUGAAAGUUACAUCACCGCCAUCUGGAAAUUAUUCUCACAAAAGAAAGAAUCUGAGAGAUGUUCAGUCGGAAAAACAAGUUUGGUCAUGUGGGUCUGCCUGGCCUCCAUCCAGAUCUGAUGAUUUCAGCUGAUUUCAUCACUUCAUGAAAGAAUAGAGUACCUUAAAUGGUUGAUAGAGAGUAACAGAGACGCAGAGAGUGGAAGAAAGUGAUUAAGGAGGGCUUGAGAGGAGGGCAUUUCCUGUAAUCAUCAUGAAGGCAGCGAUGUCCUCCCGUGCCUGUUUUCUGUCGUGUCUCAGACAGAAUCCAGGUGACACGAGCAGUGAACGCGGUGGAUCUCCUCUGUCAUUUCAGACACAGGAGCAAUCCGCUUCGUCCAAGCCUCAGACUGUCUGCGGGAUGUCUGAGGGAAACGUUACAGUGCUGCCUUUGGGACCUUCAUCUCUGGACCUGUCCAGGCAAGAGCAGCGGACGCUGACCAGACUGUACAGCCAGAAUGGAGGAUAUCACCUCAGGAUUUUACCAGAUGGGACAGUGAAUGGUGGCAGGCAGGAGAAUGACCCUUAUGACAUCCUGAGGAUAAAGGCUGUGAGUGCAGGAGUGGUGGUUGUCAAGGGGGAAAGGACAGGAAGGUACCUGGCUAUGAACAAAAAUGGACUCCUCUACGGAUCGCAAGCACUGAACGAUGAGUGUUACUUCCUGGAGAAGUACGAAGAAAACCACUACAACACAUAUCGCUCCCAGAAGUACAACUGGUAUGUUGGGCUGAAGAGGAACGGUAAACCCAAAGCAGGACCAGACACCCACCAGGGUCAGAAGGCCAUCUUUUUCCUGCCAAGGCCUGUAGGCAACAUGUGAAGCAAGACGGCACCAGGAACCACGGACAUGCUCACUGAAAUCUUGUUUGAUUCCGGGCAAAGUAUCCCAUCUAAAGGUCACUUCAAAUCAACGUAACAGGGCAGGAAAGCCUGAGGGAAACGCAUAAAGCUGUUUUGUACAGUUCGUUAAAGCUCUGUUUCAACGUUAAUAGCCAUAAUGUUCUCCUGUUUAUGCAGGGAAUAUGAGCCCUGGCUAAGCAGCUUAUGCUGUAUAUGAUCAUCACAGCUGUAUGAGCUAGUAUCUAAAAUACUUUCUGCAUAUUAGUCCAUACAUGCCUUCUCACUGCAGGUAGAAAACACAUGUGGUAUCAGUGCAUGACAGCCCUGAAAAAUGGUUGCCCACUUUGAACUCCAGUAUGAAAUACCACCGCUGGAAGAAAGCAACGGGCCGCUUUUACACAGAAAUACUUUCACAGUUGAUCAUGUCUGGCACAAAGGAAACCAACAAGGCAGUAAAAACUAAAAAUCCGACCAUCUGGCUUUGGAUUCAAACUCGUUAUUUUACAGUGCGGGGGAAAAAAAGUUUUAAUAUGAUUAUUGCAGUGCCUUAACUGUACUUCAGUAGGUUGGAUAUUUGUUGACUUCUGAAUGACUGGCAAUGUUGCUGGUAACUACUUUUAAUCUGCUCAAGCCUGUUUCUGUAACCACUUGUGUGCUAUGGGGAAUAUCAACAGUUUUCAAAGAGCGUUUCAAAAAAACAAAAACAACAACAACAACAGAACAUUUACAAAAGUUUCAAUUCUAGGUCAGAGAACAAACUUGAAAUGACAUAGUCUUAGUGCUAAAAUGCUGCUCCUGGAGAAAACACUCUUGUUUAUGAAAGGGUUAGCCGGGAAAUCAGUGAAACAUUUGUGUGAUUGUGUGAUUAUAUUGUAUUAUUAAAUUGUUAUUAUGCGUCCAGGUCCAGGCUGCCAGAAAGCCUUCAAGACAGAUGUGAAAACUUUGUUUCAGCAGUCAGUGAAGUUACUAUUGAGUUGUGUGUUUGGGAAAAGGAGAAAACAAAGAAGAGUUUGCAUCUUAGCGACAAGAAAUACCCAAGUUUGGAUUAGUUGAUUUUGUUUAAGGAAGGAGAGACCAAAAUCAAAAUGGAUCAGCUUCACAUCCCAGCAAAUCUUUCAAUAAAUGUAUCUUUUUGUUUGUUUGUUUGUUUUCCCUGGAAACACAUGUUACUGUAACAUUAUAAUAUGUUAAAUUACUAUUGUGAAUAUUUAUUUAUAGUAAGAUUUAAUUCUACUAACAGUAACAUGACCGCCUUUUUCAAAGCAAUACAUAUUGUAUUAAGUGUAUUUAAAUGUAUUACAUUUACAAAGUCUGCAUUAUUAUCCACAAAAAUAGUUUGUCUGAUUUUCUGUAACUGUGUUCUUCCCGUAACACAGACAUGUGAAUUAAAGUUUUUAAGUGCACAUACAUCA